CGCCGAUCAAUUGAAGCUUGUAACUUUAAUCUUUUGGAACUUUCCAUCUUCCAUCAUUCUCCAUCCGCCUUCAACAUCAAUAAUCCUCCCAUUCAACCUACGCGCAUACCCAUAACGCGACAAUAAAUCAAUCCAAAUCAAAACCUGAGAAUACCACCAUAUACUAAGAAAGCCUACAACAACAAAACACCAUGGAUUACCAAAACCGCGCGGGCUCCAAGUUCGGCGGCGGAGGCGUAGCUUCCCACAGCGCUACUAACGCUGACCGACGCGAGCGUCUACGCAAACUCGCCCUUGAGACUAUUGAUCUAGAUAAAGACCCUUAUUUCUUCAAGAACCACGUCGGAUCCUUCGAAUGCCGUCUCUGUCUUACCGUGCACCAAAACGACGGCUCGUACCUCGCGCAUACACAGGGGAAAAAACAUCAGACGAACCUUGCGCGCCGCGCCGCGCGUGAGCAGAAGGAGGGGAAGGGCCAGGUUGAUCCGAAUACGGGCUUACCGGUCGGAGUCGUAGGCGCUGGAUUCGGAGCCGCGGGUCUGGUUAGGAAGAAUGUUGUUAAGAUCGGACGACCGGGUUACAAGAUUACGAAAGUCAGGGAUCAGGUUACGAGACAGCAGGGUCUGUUGUUCCAGCUACAGUACCCGGAGAUCGCGCAUGGAGCGCCGCCGCCGAAGGUUAGGUUUAUGAGCGCGUUUGAGCAGCGCGUUGAGGACCCGCCGGAUAAGUCGUUUCAGUAUAUGCUGGUGGCCGCGGAACCGUAUGAGACUUGUGGCUUUAAGUUGCAGGCUAGGGAGAUUGAUCGUACUGGGGAUCGGUAUUGGACUUGGUGGGAUGCGGAUUUGAAGGAGUUUUGGGUUCAGGUUAUGUUCUUGACGGAGAGAGAGGAGAGGUAUGUUGGUGUGCCUGGAUUACCGGGACGAAGGUGAACGGAAGGAUGAAUUCUCUCGCCAGUCCUCGUACCCGAAAACGCCAAGAACAGAAGGGUAUGGCUAGAGGAGAUGGCCCAGCUACUACGAUAUUAAUCACAAGUCUGAGCACCGAGGACACUAUUCUCGUGGCUAUAUACGACGAUUUGGACCCCGGCUUAUGUAAGUGGGAGCCGGAAAGUUAUCCCACGGAUGGUGUUGCGGCGUGCUAAUACUUGUUACUUAGGCGUUCCAUAAAUACGCUUUCGCCGGAUUUCCAUGGAAAAUAGGAAGAAUGAUGCCUUAUUACAACAUCUAAUAAGAAUUCUG